AUGUCACACACCCACCACCUACUCCCCCCGAUCUUUUCAUUCUUUUUCAUCUGCAUUUACCUCCAUGUAGGACGAGGUCUUUACUACGGAUCCUAUCUCUAUGAAGAGACAUGAAAUUUAGGUGUAAUCUUAUUACUACUUCUUAUAAUAACAGCAUUUGUAGGGUACGUACUCCCGUGAGGACAGAUAUCAUUUUGAGGUGCCACAGUAAUUACUAAUCUUCUUUCAGCAAUCCCAUAUGUUGGCAACAACCAUGUCCAAUGAAUUUGAGGAGACUUCUCAGUUAACAAUGCCACACUCACCCGCUUUUUUGCAUUCCAUUUCCUGUUCCCUUUUGUUAUUUUAGCAAUAACUAUGAUUCAUCUUAUUUUCCUGCAUGAAACAGGGUCCAAUAACCCCACAGGUAUCACAACAGACCCAGAUAAAAUCACUUUUCACCCUUACUUCUCAUAUAAAGAUCUACUAGGUUUUGCUAUUCUAAUCAUGCUUCUAGUAUCACUAUCUCUUUUUGCCCCCAACGUUUUAGGAGACCCCGAAAACUUUACUCCCGCAAACCCCUUAGUCACACCACCUCACAUUAAACCAGAGUGAUAUUUCCUAUUUGCCUAUGCUAUCCUCCGAUCUAUCCCAUACAAACUAGGGGGAGUUAUUGCCCUUUUUGCAUCAAUCCUUAUUUUAUUUUGCACCCCGUUCCUACACACCUCAAAACAACGAUCCCUCACAUUCCCCCCCUUUGGACAAAUCCUAUUUUGAUUCAUAGUAGGAGGUAUUAUUAUCUUAACAUGAAUUGGAGGAAUACCCGUCGAGCACCCUUACAUUGUCAUUGAACAGAUUGAAUCACUACUUUACUUUAUGUUUUACUAAUCUUAUAACCACCCCAACUUGUAUGGAGACAAAAUUCUCCAAGGUAGCUUAUUAAUAGCUUAGAAAUAAAGCAUUAAUUUUAUAAACCAAAAAAUGAAGGUUAAACCCCCUCUCAGCACUCAGAAAAAAGGAAUUUUAAUCCUUAUCCCUGACUCCCAAAACCAGAAUC